AACUGCAUGCAUGCAGAGACUGUAUAGACUUGGAGCUCGAAGGGUUUUAGUGACAGGCACAGGGCCAUUAGGAUGUGUGCCAGCAGAAUUGGCGUGUUACAGUAGGAAUGGGGAAUGUGCAGAGGAAUUGCAACUUGCUGCAUCUCUUUUCAACCCACAAUUGGUUCAGAUGAUUGAUCAACUCAACACAAAAAUAGGUCACAUUGCCUUCAUUGCAGCCAACACCAAUCAAAUGCACAUGGAUUUCAUCUCAAAUCCUCAUGCUUUUGGAUUUACAACAUCGAAGAUAGCUUGUUGCGGACAAGGACCCUAUAAUGGCGUAGGCUUUUGCACCACUGCAUCAAAUUUGUGCCCAAAUAGAGAUGAAUACGUGUUUUGGGACCCUUUCCAUCCCUCUGAAAGGGCUAAUAGACUCAUCGUACAACAAAUCUUGACAGGUACAGACACUUAUAUGCACCCCAUGAACCUCAAUACCAUCAUGGCUUUGGAUUCAAGGGCAUGAUUUUUCCCUACAAUUAAUCAACUUUUCGUAAUUGGUUGGAUUAAAUUUUAGCUCCCAAAUGUAACCUAGUUUUAUUCGGCUUCUUGAUAUUGUAAUUGUAUUCUCCUUUUGUAUUUUGAUAGCAUUGUUAAAAUAACAUUUCUUUAUUUAGUUGUAUUUUGAUU